AUGGCGACUGGAAGGGGUGGAAGAAGCCUGAUGGGUCCUCUACUAGCAGUCAACUUUGUUGUGUAUCUCAUCAUACUUGGACUGGCCGGGUGGUCUCUUGAUAAGUACAUAGAUGGUGAACAGAAUCACCCACAUCUAGGUGGGAAUCCAUCAACAAGCUUUAUGCUGAUAUUUGCCUUGAUAGCUGGGGUCACCGGUGCCUGUUGUGUGGUGGCCGAGUUCCUGCAUUAUAAAGCAUGGACAAGUGACAGUUUGGCCGCUGCAGCUUCUUCAGCAAUCAUCUCCUGGGCCAUUACAGCCUUAGCCGCUGGUCUGGUGUGCAAGGAGAUCAUAUUGGGAGGAUACAGAGGAAAGCGGUUGCAAACAUUGGAAGCCCUUAUCAUAGUAUCAACAGUGAGCCAGUUACUGUAUCUGGUGCUUCUUCAUGCUGGGUUGUGGAGUAGAAGGUAUGGUCCAGGUUACCGCAGCAGCUAUGGCACUUAG